CAAACAACUUCUCAUCGCUCGAGAGCUCUUGUCUUCCCUUUUCGUUGUCGUCGUUUCUGUGUGUCUUUCCCAAGACAUCCCACACUCCUAUUGUUUUAAAUCAAAGCCUUGUCCACUUACAAGCCACAUUGAGAGCUUCUCCAAGCUCCGACGUUCCUCACGUUCUCCAAUCGCGUCACCUUGGUUACCGCCAGCAUCGUCAGAGCUCCCCAUCUUCCAUCAUGGCCGACUUUCCACAAGGUCAGCGGGACAACAACGACCGUCCUGCCCGCGAUGUGAAGAACCACCUACUCUUCGAGAUUGCAACCGAAGUUGCCCAUCGAGUUGGUGGUAUCUACUCCGUCCUCAAGUCCAAGGCGCCCGUAACGACGGCCGAAUAUGGCGACCGCUACACGCUCAUCGGUCCUUUGAACCACAACUCGGCCGCAGUCGAGGUUGAGGAGUUGGAGCCAACGAACCCCGAGCUUGCUGCUACGAUUCAGUCCAUGAGAGACCGUGGUAUUGGUAUUCUCUACGGUCGAUGGCUCAUCGACGGUGCCCCACGAGUCCUGCUUUUCGACACCAAGACGGCCUACCACUUCAUGGAUGAGUGGAAGGCGGACCUGUGGAACGUCGCGAGCAUUCCCUCGCCGCCCAACGACGACGAGACGAACGAGGCCGUCAUUUUUGGAUACGUUGUCGCCUGGUUCCUGGGAGAGUUUGUUUGUCACGAAAAAAAGAGGGCCGUCAUCGCGCAUUUCCACGAGUGGCUUGCCGGUGUCGCCCUUCCCCUCACCAAGAAGCGUCGCAUCGAUGUGACAACCAUCUUCACAACCCACGCCACCCUUUUGGGAAGAUACCUCUGCGCAGGCUCUGUCGACUUCUACAACAACCUCCAAUGGUUCGAUGUUGAUGCCGAGGCCGGAAAGCGUGGCAUCUACCACCGCUACUGCAUUGAGCGUGCUGCCGCUCACUCCUGCGACGUUUUCACGACGGUAUCACACAUUACUGCAUACGAGAGUGAGCAUCUGCUCAAGCGCAAGCCGGACGGUGUGCUGCCUAACGGUCUGAACGUUACAAAGUUUUCUGCCAUGCACGAGUUCCAGAACCUGCACCAGCAAGCCAAGGAAAAAAUUCACGACUUCGUCCGUGGACAUUUCUAUGGCCACUACGACUUCGACCCCGAGAACACGCUCUACUUCUUCACCGCCGGCCGCUAUGAGUUCAGAAAUAAGGGUGUUGACAUGUUCAUUGAGUCGCUGGCCCGUUUGAACCAUCGCCUCAAGUCCGCCGGCAGCAAGAUCACCGUUGUAGCCUUCGUUAUCAUGCCGGCCCAGACCACGUCACUGACAGUAGAAGCCCUCAAGGGCCAGGCCGUCAUCAAGUCGCUGCGGGAUACUGUCGAUGUCAUCGAGAAGGGUAUUGGACGUCGCAUUUUUGAGCGCUCGCUCAAGUGGCACGAUGGCGACCCGAUGCCUGAUGACAAGGAGCUCAUCAGCGCCCAGGACCGCGUCCUCAUUCGUAGGCGGCUGUUCGCGAUGAAGCGCCAUGGCCUCCCCCCCAUCGUCACCCACAACAUGCUCAACGACAGCGAGGACCCCGUCCUCAACCAGAUCAGGCGUGUCCAGCUCUUCAAUCACCCCACAGACCGUGUCAAGAUCGUCUUCCACCCAGAAUUCCUGAACUCGGCCAACCCAGUCCUGCCUCUGGACUACGACGAGUUUGUGCGCGGCACGCAUAUGGGUAUCUUUGCGUCUUACUACGAACCUUGGGGCUAUACCCCUGCCGAGUGUACCGUUAUGGGAGUCCCCAGCAUCACGACUAACCUGUCGGGCUUCGGAUGUUACAUGGAGGAGCUGAUCGAAAACUCGAGCGACUACGGCAUCUACAUUGUCGACCGCAGGACCAAGGGAGUCGACGACUCGGUUAACCAGCUUACAACGCACAUGUUUGAUUUCUGCCAAAAGAGCCGUCGCCAGCGCAUCAACCAGCGUAACCGUACGGAGCGCCUCAGCGACCUGCUGGACUGGAAGAGGAUGGGCAUGGAAUACGUCAAGGCUCGCCAGCUCGCACUGAGACGGGCUUAUCCCGGCUCCUUCAGCGGAGACGAGGAGGAGGAGGACUUUAUCCCCGGCGUGGAGCAGAAGAUAUCGCGGCCCUUCUCAGUGCCCGGGUCUCCCCGCGAUCGCACCGGCAUGAUGACCCCGGGCGACUUUGCCAGCUUGCAAGAGGGCAGAGAAGGACUGAACACGGAGGACUACGUCGCUUGGAAGUUGCCCGAGGAGGAAGACCCCGACGAAUACCCCUUCCCCCUCACCCUCCGCGCCAAGCGCCCCUCGGGCCCUGCGAGCCCUCUGGACGGAGUGCAACUGAACGGCAACUAAGGGCGAUGACACAUCGGCCAAAACGUACGAGGCGCAACCCGCCGCUGAGCACGGCUCAAAGACGAGUGACAACGGUCUCCGGGGACAUGUACAAAACGACGUCGAAUACUCGCUGGGAAUUCAUCGUGUUGGGCUAACAGACUGUCUUCGAUCGUUGACCAGUUCGCGAUUCACGAUUUUAUAUAGGGAUAUGGGCGGAUGUAAUGGGCUACGGGGAGAACUAGCAGGGCAACAAUUGACGGUGGCGAUGAGAUUGCAUGGGUUGAAUAUGGAUAUGUACGAGCAGAGUAGCAUAUUUAAGCAUUAGAUUGGUUCUCGGUUACUCCUU